AUGGACGUAUCACUCCAGGCACAGACCAAACCACUUUCUACCUUGUCUGCCUUCAGUUACGUCCCACCACGACGAAAGGAACCGAAAGAAUUGUCCUACUUCAACAAAGACUCAAAGGUUUCAGAAGUCUCCAUGUAUGACCAGGUCUACCACCAGGGUGAGGGUUAUGAUAUGAAGCUGCGCCGGGAUGACAGAAAACACUAUAAAGGAAGAGGACUAGACAUAAACAAGGAGGAGAAGUCCAGAGCUGUGCCGGUGCUGUCCUCUUCAGAGUACGGCCGUCGUCCCGUUCCCAUCCCCUAUGAAACAGGCCGGCAGUACGCACGAGUGGCUUGUAUAAAAGCAGAAUUUUUCAUGAAAAAUGGGAUCAUCUGGAAUGUGGCAGAAGGAUAUGGAUCAGUGGUCCCCAUCUGA